GAGAGAGAGAGAGUAACAAAGAUCUUCGAUCCAGUCGUACCCAUUAUUAUAUUAAGGGGCAUAUAGAGAGAGAAAGAGAGAGAGCCAGAGAUCCAAACGAAGCAGCCAGCCAGUUUUGUGAUCGAGAAAGUUGAAGGCAAGACGAUCGGAGAUGGAGACCGAGGAAGCCCAGAAGGAAGCCACCGCCGGCGUUAAGAAAUCGGCCAAGAUUUCGUCGUCGAAGCCAUCCGCCGCCGUGCUUCCGUACCAAACCCCACGGCUGAGAGACCACUACACGCUGGGGAAGAAGCUCGGCCAGGGCCAGUUCGGCACCACCUACCUCUGCACCGAGAAAUCCACCGGCCUCCAAUACGCCUGCAAAUCCAUCCCCAAGCGCAAACUCCUCUGCCGGGACGACUACGACGACGUCUGGCGGGAGAUUCAGAUCAUGCACCAUCUCUCGGAGCACCCAAACGUUGUCAGGAUCAAGGGCACCUACGAGGACAACGUCUUCGUCCACAUUGUCAUGGAGCUCUGCGGCGGCGGCGAGCUUUUCGAUCGGAUUGUGCAGAAGGGCCAUUACAGUGAGAGGAAGGCCGCUCAGUUGAUCAAGACCAUUAUUGGGGUUGUCGAGGCUUGCCACGCGCUUGGGGUCAUGCAUAGAGAUCUCAAGCCUGAGAAUUUCUUGUUUGAUACUCCCGACGAGGACGCCAAGCUCAAGGCCACCGAUUUUGGCCUCUCCAUCUUUUACAAGCCCGGGCAAUACUAUUCUGAUGUGGUUGGGAGUCCCUAUUAUGUUGCACCUGAAGUUUUGCAUAGAUAUUAUGGACCUGAAAUAGAUGUAUGGAGUGCCGGUGUAAUCCUAUAUAUCUUAUUGUCAGGGGUUCCACCUUUUUGGGCAGAAACUGACUCAGGCAUCUUCCAGCAGAUAUUAAAAGGAAAACUAGAUUUUGAGUCGGAGCCAUGGCCUAACAUUUCUGACAGUGCAAAAGAUUUGAUACAGAAGAUGCUUUGUAGGGAUCCAAGAAAAAGAAUAUCUGCUCAUGAAGUCCUUUGUCAUCCAUGGAUUGUGGAUGACAGAGUUGCUCCAGACAAACCCCUGGAUUCUGCAGUUUUGUCCCGCCUGAAGCAUUUUUCAGCUAUGAACAAACUCAAGAAAAUGGCUCUGCGUGUCAUAGCAGAAAGACUUUCAGAAGAAGAAAUAGGUGGUCUAAAACAGUUGUUUAAAAUGAUUGAUACAGACAACAGUGGGACAAUAACAUUUGAAGAGUUAAAAGCAGGUUUGAAGAGGGUAGGCUCUAAUUUAAUGGAGUCUGAGAUCAAAGACCUUAUGAAUGCAGCUGAUAUUGACAACAGUGGAACAAUUGACUAUGGGGAAUUCAUUGCUGCCACACUGCAUUUGAAUAAGAUAGAGAGAGAGGAAAAUUUGGUUGCUGCCUUCUCCUUCUUUGACAAAGAUGCUAGUGGUUACAUAACCAUUGAUGAGCUUCAACUGGCUUGCAGAGACUUUGGUCUAAGUGAUGUACAUUUGGAUGAUAUGAUCAAAGAAAUUGAUCAAGACAAUGAUGGACGCAUAGACUAUGGGGAAUUUGCUACAAUGAUGAGGAAAGGUAAUCAAGGAAUUAGCAGCAGAACCAUGAGGGGCAAUCUCAACUUCAACUUGGCUGAUGCCUUUGCGGGAAAUAAUAAUAAUAAUAAUGACAAAUUUGAAGAAGAUUGAUUGGUUCACUCACUCUAAUUAAAAGCCCGCCCCCAUGCCAUGUUUUGUAUAGUUACUACUAACUGUUGCAGUCUAUGCUCUGCAUAUAUAUAUAUAUAUAUAAACAGGAAGAAGAUGCCAUCCCAUCCAUCAUACUAUGCUUUUAAUUAAUGUUCCCACCCAGUGUCUUAUGCUCUUCUCCUUUUCCUUUUUUAUUUGCAGCAUUCUUGAUGUCAUUGUAUUUGCUCCACUAGUCCUUGAUAAUGUUCAAUGAGGUUGGUUUCCUUGUGACCA